UGCACAGGAUAAAGAGACAGGGGUGUGUCUGCGCAGGUGUGUCGGUAAAAGUGCGCGCGGACGCGCUCAUCCCGGCACAUUCGUUCGAUUCGGCGCUGCUGCGCGUGGCCGCUGCCGCCGGGGACAGAGAUGAGCGCGUUCCCGUCCGUCUCCCAGCUGUCCGGAGGAAACGCCGUGUAUGAAAAGUACUACCAACAGGUGGACCCCCUGAACACAGGAAGUGUAGGGCCCGAGGAGGCAGUGGACUUCCUGAAGAAGUCAGGCCUUCCGGACUCCACCUUAAGACAGAUCUGGGACCUUGCCGACCCGGACGGGAUGGGAUUUCUGGACGAGCAGGGUUUCUUCCUGGCACUGAGGCUGGUGGCAGCUGCCCAGAGCGGCCAUGAGGUCAGCUUGAGCAGCCUGGAAGUGCCGCUGGCUCCGCCCACCUUCAGGGACACUCCAUCUCCGAGCACAGCGCCCCCUUCAGGCAGUGCCCCCUGGGCCGUGACGGCGAAGGAGAAGCUGAAGUUUGACGGUGUUUUCGACAGCCUUUCCCCGGUCAACGGGCUCCUCUCGGGGGACCAGGUCAAACCCAUGCUGCUCAAAUCCAACCUGCCCCGGGACGUCCUGGGAAAGGUGUGGGAACUCAGUGACAUUGACCAGGAUGGACACCUGGACAGAGACGAGUUUGCGGUGGCCAUGCACCUAGUGCACUCCAGCCUGGAACAGGAGGUGCUGCCCCCCAGCCUGCCCGCUUCCCUCGUCCCCCCCUCCAAGAGGAAGAAGAGCGGGGCUGUCCUUCCUGGAUCUGUGGCCGUUCUUCCGUCCAGCGCCCCGCCCCCAAAGGACAGCCUCCGCUGGAGCCCCCCGCUGGUCAUCGCGGACUCGCUCCCCAGCUCCAGGAGUCUCUCCCCCGAGCCCCCGCCGGCCCCGCAGGCGGUCAGUUGGGUGAUUCCCGCUGCCGACAGGAGUCGCUACGACGACCUCUUCCUGCAGACCGACACGGACCUGGACGGCCUGGUCAGCGGCACCCAAGUGAAGGAGAUCUUCAUGCGGUCGGGGCUCCCGCAAAGCCUGCUGGCACACAUCUGGGCUCUGUCCGACACCCGGCAGGUGGGCCAGCUCACCAAGGAGCAGUUCUCCCUGGCCAUGCACCUGGUCCAACAGAAGGUCCGCCACGGGGCGGACCCCCCUCAGACCCUCUCGCCCGACAUGGUGCCCCCGUCGGAAAGGGGCUCCCGUUUGACCGACGGCGUGAGGUCCACGGAGCUGACCGGGAUCGAGGAGCUGGACGACAUCGGCCGGGAGAUCGCAGAGCUCCAGAGGGAGAAAUUGCUGCUGGCGCAGGAGGUCCGAGACCAGCAGGAGGCGCUGCGGCUCAAGUCGAGGAAAGUGCAGGAGGCGCAGGAGGACCUGGAGCGGGAGGCCGGAGGUCUGCGGCAGCUCGAGGCCCAGAAGCGGGACGCCCAGGAGCGGCUCGACGAGAUGAACGAGCAGAAGGCCAAGCUGGAGGCCAUGCUGAGCGACGUCAGGGAGAAGGUCCAGGAGGAGUCCCGCACGGUCUCCUCGCUCCACAGCCAGAUCCGGUCUCAGGAGGCGGAGCUACGGGGGCAGGAGGCGGAGCUGGAGCGGGCCAGGGCGGAGCUGGAGCUCCUGCAGCGGGAGGAGGCGCGGCUGGAGCAGAGCGUGCGCUCGGGACGGGCGCGCCUGGAGACGACGAACGGCUCCCUGAGGGUCACGCAGGACGCGAUCGACGAGGUGCGGAAGAACCUGUCCCGCAUCCAGCAGCGACAGGAGGAGACGAGUCGGAGCAUCGAGAGGUACGGCAGCAUCCUGAACGACGCCGAUCGCGGCAACACGGCCGCCCUGGAAGAGCUGAGCCUGGACAGCGACCUCGUCGCCUCGCACGACCCCUUUGGAACCAAAGAUUUGACCUCUGACCCCUUCCAAACGGAGGACCCCUUCAAGUCCGACCCGUUCGAAGAUGCGUUUGGGGACGACCCGUUCAAAGGCAGCGACCCCUUCAGGACGUCCACGGCGAAGGACUUCUUUGGCAAGCUGGAUACCACGGAGCCAUUCUCCACCCCGGACCGCUUUGGGAGAAGCGCUUCAGUCUCCACGGUCACUGUCUUCGGUGGAGGUGUUUCCACGGCAACCGCAGACCCGUUCGCGACUCAUGAAUCCUUUAGAAGCAGCAGCUCCACCAACUUCAGCCGCGUCCCAAAGGGAGACAAACCCCUCGGCAAGAGGCCCCAAAGCCUGGUUCUGCCCCCCAAGAAGGGGCCGCCCCCCAGACCCGCCCCACCCAGCAGCUGGAAGUGAAGCCAACAGGACAUGACGUCCCCGUGACAUCCCCGUUUGGACACCUCCUGUGUGUUCAGGGGAAGAGCAGCAGUCGGCAAACAGCUUGCCAGGGGGACGGUCCACAUUCCACUGCGUCUCACGCUGGGACUGGAAGGUGCGGUGGACGGGACAGGGGGCGGAGCCUGGAGCCGCGCGCUUCGCUGCAGCCCCCCCGUUCCUCUGUAGCAGCAUUUAACAGUGUUCAUCUGCACAUAUUUUACAAAAAAGAAAACUAUUUAGCAAAUAUAUAUGUCUGUGGAGUGAUGCGGGGAAUCUUCUUAUUGAAAUCUCUCUCUCUCUCUCUCUCUCUCUCACACACACACACACACACACACACACACACACACACACACACACACACACACACACACACACACACACAGAUGUGUACCAUUUCUUCUGUCCGUCUGUGAGUUAAGCUGUAAUGGUGAUAUUAUAGUAGGAGUUUUGUCUCCACUGUCCUGGGAUUUUCUGUCAUGUUUUCAAACUUAAUAAACGUAGAGUGAAGUCUCAGAAGACACGCA